CCCAAACCGACUCAAAAUCUUGUUCCCGCAGCUUCAUAAUUAGCUUUCCCAAUUCUCUCGUCAGAGGAGCUCCGUACAUCUCCGUCGUGUGAAACCCUAGACUCCGAUAUCAGGCAGAGAUGCAAAACUCGAGGACCGCUCCGGUCUCUGAAGCGAAGAGAAGAAGGAAGAUUCAUAACCCAAAGCAACAACAACCUUUGACUCCGUUACCACCAAGAAUCGGGAAGAAGGCUUCGUCAGGGACCAAACCGGACCGAGUUUACGCGGUUUCACAUCAAACCGAGAUGUUUAGUUCAGAUUCAUCAGAGUAUAGGGCACUGAGGCGCAGCUAUCUGCUGCUAGAGGAAGACAGCGUCGCGCUGGAGAGAGAGUUGAAGGAAGUUGAAGAUGAGGUUAAAGCACUUGAAGAUGAGAAAGUUGAGCUCUUGGAUAAACUCGUUGUAAUGGAAGGUCUAGUUUGAUCCUUGAUGAUUACAAAGUCUAGGUGGCUCAUUCAUGUAUGUACAAACCAACUUCAUAUAUAGUAUAAAAGAAGUUAUUAAUCUUUAUGUGAAUCCCACUUCUUGUGUUGUCUUCGA